CUAAUUUACCUCUACUCAGUGUUCACCUCUUAUCUCCUCGUCUCGUCUUCUGCCUCAAUUCUGUUUGCCUACAGAUCGACCUGCGAGGAGAAGAAGCUUGGCUGCCGGAGAAAUGUCCCUGCAUGCACCCACCAGGAUUCAGGCCGCCAAUCCUACUUCUCCACCUUCUAUUUUAGCUCCUCUUGGCAGUAAUGCUGGGCUCAGGCCACCAUCGGAUCGUUUUGCUCUGAAAUCCUCCUCCUUUUCUCCAUCGCUCCACCUCUUGCUUACUUCUAAUCAACAGAAGCCUCUUGCUUCUGCAGCUCCAAGAUUCUCCAUGCGUGUUGCCUCCAAGCAGACCUAUAUUUGUCGCGAUUGCGGGUAUAUUUACAACGAGAGGACUCCUUUCGAGAAACUGCCUGACAAGUACUUCUGCCCUGUUUGUGGUGCUCCAAAAAGGAGAUUCAAGCCAUAUGCACCUGCUGUGACAAAAAAUGCUAAUGAAACAGAUGUUAGAAAAGCACGCAAAGCUGAAAUCCAGAGAGAUGAAGCAAUUGGGCGAGCUUUGCCAAUUGCAAUAGUGGUUGGAGUCGCAGCCCUUGCUGGUUUAUAUUUCUACCUGAACAACAGCUUCCAAGGUUGAACGUCGGUAAUUUCACAGGAACUAUGGCAGAAGAAUUUUAUGUGAAUGCUCGAGUUCAUAGAACAGGGCAAUUCUUGUAAUUUUAUUCUAUUAAGGAAACGUUUAUUUAAUGUUA